UCUCUGUAACAGAAAUAUGGGACAGUCUUUUACCAAGCUAUUCAGUUUCAUGUUCAAGAAGGAGGUUAAAAUCAUGAUGUUUGGUCUCCAUUCAGCUGGCAAAACCACAAUUUUGUACAACCUUAAAUUGGGCAAAAUUGUCACCACUGUCCCUACUAUCGGAUUCAAUGUUGAAACACUUGAAUACAAGAACAUCAGCUUCAGUGUGUGGGAUUUUGGUGCUCAAACCAUGUAUAGACUACUACCUAUAAUGAGCCACUACUGUCAAAAUACACAAGGUCUUAUAUUUGUGGUUGAUAGCACUGAUCGUGAUCGUGUGGAUGAAGCCAGAGAUGACCUACACAUGAUGCUUCUUAAGGAGGUUGCAUUAAAAGAUGCAGUGUUGCUUGUUUUUGCCAACAAGCAAGAUCUUCCAAAUGCAAUGAAUGCUGCUGAGAUCACUGACAAACUUGGUCUGCAUUCUCUCGGACAACAAAAAUGGUAUGUCCAGAGCGCGUCUGCCACCUCUGGUGAAGGUCUAUACGAGGGACUGGAUUGGCUUUCUAACAACAUUGAUAACAAGGUUUAACAUGGAUUCUUCCUGCAAAUAAUACAUCUUGUGACAAAUGUUGUUAUCAUUUUAUUUGGAAUUUGUACAUCUUUAUUUAUGUGUGAAGAAAGUUGGGGGAAACUUUCAUCCUUUAGUAACAGUAACAAGAUGGUGUUUUUUUUUUUUUUUUUAUAUGUAAAGUCUGAGAAAUCUUUAUUCUUUAAACUUAUUGUGACACUUUAGAUAAAUUAGUCAUUGUACAUGAGAUACUAAGAAUAAAAAUGUCCGACCUCAAA